UCAUCAUCUCUUCUUCUCGCCCUUUCCUAUAACUCUAACUUACUUUCGUCCCCACCUCGUCCUCGCCAAAGCCACACUCCUCUCACAAUGAAGUUCUUCAAGUCGAUCGCCUUUGCCCUUCCCCUCUUCGCGGCCUUUGCCAGCGCGGCCCCCGCCGUCGAGCAGAGGGAGAUCGCUGUCGUCUCUGACAGGCAGCUUACCCAGCUUCCUCUCGCCGACGCCCUCGAGGGAGUCUUGGACAAGGUCAACUCCCUGGACAGGUCGUUCACCAUCUUCCCCCAGAUCGCCAAGGUCCUUCCCGCUCUGACCGAGAUCACCGACGUCCUCGAACAACUCAAGGGCCAGCUGCCCGACUUGAACCUUCCCGAGAACCCCACUGAAGUCACCGAGGUGGCCAACUUGGUCACCGAGAUCGUCGACUCCAUCGUCGAUCAGGUCAGGAAGAUUACCAGUCUGUCUCGAUCGCAACCUGCUGUCGGCGACGCUGUUGGAAACCUCGAUGGAGCUCUGAACGGGGUCUUGGGAGGACUUUCCGGUUCCCUCGGUAGCGGCCUGUUGGAGACCGUCCAGGGUCUCCUCACCGGUCUUCUCGGAGGUCUCCUCGGGGGUCUUUUGGGCGGGAACGUCUUGUCGUCGUUGCCUCUCUCGUUGGGCACUCUCCGAUCGGCUUGAGAGCUGAGAGGAUCCGUUUGGCGAUAGUUGAAGGUCGAUUCACUGUCGGCUUCUCAGUUGUCGCGAGCGAAAGUGAUCGGGUUCGUCAGGCAAGCGGUAGCUUAGGUCGCUGUCUCCUUUCGGCUCGAUCGUAAAGCGUGUCUGGAAACACAAGAAAGAGAGAACAUGACAGGAAAUCAAAUCAUUACUAUUUUUCGCUAUUUACUAUACUACAUCGUCACAUUCAACCGCGACAUGUGAAUCCCCGCUACUUUUAGGGAAGGUCUAACGUUGUCAAGCCAUCAGAAUAUAUCAUCAAGAUCUACUAUUGCCACAUCGAUUAUGUCUGAGUGUUCACGAUCUUUAUUAGGCCGUACUCGCCGACUGUCAAAGAGAUACCAGGGCCUUGCAAUGCUACUAGAUGGUUGCUUCCGUGUGCCCCCGUUCUGUGUCUG